UGUUUGUUGAACUGCUUUAUCAACGAGUCUGCGACACCCAUCAAGCAGCUCCUUCAGCUUCUUUCUUUCCAUUGCCGUUCAUUCUCUUAAUAAUACCUUUUCUUCCUGAUGUCUUCUCCGAGUCCAAUUCCUGCCGGCAAAGGCAUCCCCGAUUUCGCGUCGUCAGCACCUCCUUCAUCUGUUUGGGAUCGAAUAUCAACAUGGGCGUCGGAGAACAAAGCUGUUGUGUACACCAUUGCUGGAGUUGCAAUCGUUGUCACGGGAGCUGGUGUUGCAUAUUACUUGACUGAUACAAAAACGACGACAGUAGGACGAGACACACCGAAAAAGUCGUCUAAGAAGGAGAAGCGGAGGAAAAAGGAAGAAGAGAAGAAGCCCGCAGAUGUCGAGAAAGGUGCAACAGAGACUAAACCCAAAGCGCCGACGGUCGAGUCCGCCGACGAGCUGCCCGAGGUGGACGAGACAACAGUUGGUAGCCUCUCCGAACAAGAAAGGAAGGAAUAUGCUGCGAAGCUGAAGGCUGCGGGAAACACGGCGUAUGGCAGCAAAGACUACAACAAAGCUAUCAACUUAUACGGCAAGGCUAUCCUCUGCAAGCCUGAUCCAAUUUUCUACUCGAAUCGCGCCGCAUGCUACAAUGCUCUUGGUCAAUGGGAAAAGGUCAUUGAAGAUACGACUGCUGCUAUCAAUCUCGAUAAUGAAUACGUCAAGGCCUUGAACCGAAGGGCAAACGCAUAUGAGCAUCUCGAGAAGUUCAGCGAAGCCCUGCUUGACUUCACUGCUAGCUGUAUUAUCGAUGGAUUCCGGAACGAAAGCAGCGCGCAAGCUGUAGAAAGAUUGCUCAAGAAGGUGGCCGAGGCAAAAGGGAAGGAAAUUUUGGCCAGCAAGGAUAAGCGUUUGCCCAGCCCAACCUUCGUUACAAACUAUCUACAGAGUUUCCGAGCGCGACCUCCUCCUACCGGAUUGGAGCUCGGUGCUGAGAUUCCAGAAGAUACCGGAAAGGGGCAACUGCAAUUAGGUCUGCGCGCGAUGGAUAAGAAGACGGGGGACGGAUAUGAGGAGGCCGCAGCAGCAUUUGACAAGGCCCUGGAGCUAGGCGACCUUGGAGAGUAUGAAGCGUUCGCCUACAACAUGCGAGGAACAUUCAGAUACCUCAGGGGUGAAAAUCUGGACGCAUUGAGCGAUCUGACAAAAAGCGUUGAUCUACAACCAGCAUUGACCCAGAGCUUCAUCAAGCGAGCAAGCAUGCAUUUGGAACUUGGAAACAAGGACGCUGCUGCGGAUGACUUCGAGAAGGCUAUGGAACAGAACAGUGACGAUCCUGAUAUUUACUACCAUCGUGCUCAGUUGCACUUCAUCCUCGGAGAAUUUGCCGAGGCAGCCAAAGACUACCAAAAGUCCAUUGACCUUGAUGGGAAGUUCAUCUUCUCGCAUAUCCAACUUGGUGUCACGCAGUACAAAAUGGGAUCCAUUGCAUCCUCAAUGGCCACAUUCCGAAGAUGUAUCAAGAACUUCGACAAGGUGCCGGAUGUGUAUAAUUACUAUGGAGAACUGCUCCUAGAUCAGCAAAAGUACCAAGAAGCUAUCGAGAAGUUUGACACGGCCGUGGAAAUGGAGAAACAAUCGAAACCUUUGGGCAUGAACGUUCUGCCCUUGAUUAACAAAGCAUUAGCCUUAUUCCAGUGGAAGCAGGAUUUCGCGGAGGCAGAGAAACUGUGCCAAAAAGCUCUCAUCAUCGACCCUGAAUGUGACAUUGCCGUUGCAACGAUGGCGCAGCUCCUGCUCCAACAAGGCAAGGUCACAGAAGCCCUGACGUAUUUCGAGCGUGCCGCUGAACUCUCUCGAACCGAAGGGGAAAUCGUUAACGCCUUGUCAUACGCCGAGGCCACUAGGACACAACUCGAGGUCCAAGAAAAGUAUCCGCAGCUCGCAAACAGAUUGCAAGGGAUGAGCGGUGGGUUUGGUGGUGGUGCCCCAUCCACAAUGCGCUAAGUAAAAAGGUGUUGGGACGGGUCGGGGCAUGCAAGUUGCCUGCUCGUGUGUUAGAAGUGAGAUGGAUGUCGAUAUGCAGAGGUGUGGGGGCAUAGUCAGGGGAUGGGCUACGCCGUUUACGUGUAACUAAUACUCUUCACUCACCGAGGAGAGUGUGUACAGUACAAAUGAAGGACGCACUUUUCCAUCAUAUUCUGUUUCGUGUUGUCGAGGCAGAAUUCAAGAUCACGAGCAAACAGGGGUUGGCUCUAUGGUCAACUUGAGGGCCGUAAGGAGUAUUGAAUUAGCUCCUUCCGUGAUUCCAAUUCCAACAUUGUUGUCAGAACAACCA